UGCCCGGCCGCACCGAACCCGUGAAGCGGUCAGAACAGUCCUACCUCAAGGCCCAACGACCGAACCCCUUCUCUACUAUCUUCCGACUUCGGCUCAGCAUGGCUGAUGAGGAGGACUAUAGUUCGCUACCCCUAACAGAUCGCUGGGUGCACAAGGUUUGGAAAGUGAGAAAGCAGGCAUAUGAAGAAGCGGCCCAGCAGUUCGAGAAGACACCCGACGAGUACGACCCUGCCUUCCGACCAUUCACCCAGGACCCGAGUUUAUGGAAGUCGGCGGCAGCAGAUUCGAACGUCGCCGCGCAGCAAGAAGGCCUUGCCGCUCUUUGCGCCUUUCUCAAGUUCGGCGGCCGCGACGGUGCCCUACGAGCACGGCAGCAUGCCGUGACACCUAUUGUUGAGAAAUGCCUCUCAUCUACCAGAGCAGCCACUAAGGCGUCGGCACUCGAGGCAUUGCUUCUCUUCAUUGAGGUCGACGUUCCCGGGCCUGUGAUCGAGGAAAUUCUCCCUGUGCUAUCCAACAAGCAACCGAAGGUUGUCGCCGCAGCACUGGGGAGCUUAGUGCAGAUCUACCACAACUAUGGGUGCAAGAUUGCAGACCCGAAACCGGUUCUUAAAGUUCUGCCAAAGGUGUUUGGCCACGCAGACAAGAAUGUUCGAGCCGAAGCCACCAACCUGGCUGUCGAGUUCUACCGGUGGCUGCGCGAUGCUAUGAAGCCAAUGUUCUGGAACGACCUCAAACCGACGCAGCAGAACGAUCUCGAGGCCCAGUUUGAGAAGAUCAAGGCGGAGGGGCCACCCAAGCAAGAACGUCUGCUGCGCUCGCAACAAGCCGCCAAAGAGCGUGCUCCGGCGGAUGGUGGCGGGGACGAGUACCAGGACGACGGUGGAGAAGCGGAAGAGCCAGCCGAGGUGGACGCUUUCGAUUUGGCGGAGCCCCAAGACGUCAUUAGCAAAAUCCCGAAGGACUUCUACGACAAUCUGGGAUCGUCCAAAUGGAAAGAACGGAAGGAGGCGCUCGAAGCGCUGUACGCCGUCGUCAACGUGCCCAGAAUCAAGGAGGCCGACUUUGGGGAGGUCAACCGCUGCCUGGCCAAAUGCAUGAAGGAUGCAAAUAUUGCAGUCGUUACGCAAGCGGCGCAAUGCAUCGAACUUCUCGCCAAGGGGUUGCGGAAAGGCUACUCCAAGUACCGCUCUACCGUGAUGCAGCCGAUCAUGGAAAGGUUGAAGGAGAAGAAGCAGACAGUGGCUGAUGCUUUGGGAGCGGCCUUGGAUGCUGUAUUCUUGACAACCAAUCUCACCGAGUGUCUCGAGGACAUCACAACAUUCCUCGUGCACAAGAAUCCGCAAGUGAAGGAGGGCACCAUGAAGUUCCUGGUCAGAUGCCUCCGAACGACGAGAGACGUUCCCAGCAAACAGGAGAUUGCGAGCAUGGUCGAGUCCGCCAAGAAGCUUCUUUCCGAAUCAAGCGAGGCCCUCCGUUCGGGUGGCGCCGAGAUUCUGGGAACCAUCAUGAAGAUUAUCGGUGAGCGAGCUAUGAACCCUCACCUCGAAGGUCUCGACGACAUCCGCAAGGCGAAGAUCAAGGAAUUCUAUGAGACUGCGGAAGUGAAAGCCAAGGACAAGCCAAAGCCGCCACCGCCAGCUGCCCGGGGGCCACCGGGAGGAGGCGGUCCAAAGAAGGUUAUGGGCGGCGGUGUCAGAAAGGGCCCUCCGGGCAUGAAGAAGCCCGCCGCUGCUGCACCACCUCCUCCAGAACCCCCAUCACCUCCAGCUGCGGCCCCGCCUGCAGCACGUCCCGGUCCGGGAAGCAAGCUUGGCAUGGCAAAACCAGGCCUAGGAGGUCUCAAAGCCCCUCAGAGGAGGACAUUGGCUGCUCCUGGGGCGGCCUCGCCGCGACGCCCGGCGCCUGCUCAAUCUCCCCCCCCCAUGGAAGAAGAGCCACCGAUAUCUCCGCCUCCUGCAAAGCCGGCAUCGCGUAUGGGCUUUGGUCGGGGGGGUCUUGCAGCUCGCUCUCUAGCAAAACCCGCCGCCCCAGCUAUCCCGGCGGCACCACCGUCUCCAACACCCACAUCUGGUCUCACAGCAAUCGAACGCGCCGAACUCGAGGAGCUGCGGGACGCCAACGAACGCUUACUAAAGCAGCUUGCAGACGCCCGGGACGAGCGCUCCAAGUUGAUGUCGGAGAUUCAAGAGCUCAAAAACCAGAAUGCAGGCCUUAUUGAGGAUCACACCAGAGAUGUUCUGUCCAUCAAGGCCAAAGAGACACAGCUCGUCCGGGCACGGAGUGAUGCUGAGGCCGCCGAGCAGACUAAUGACCGGUUACGCCGUGAGCUUGACCGGUUGAAGCGUGCGCUGAGUAAAGCCGAGGCGCAAAUCGCUGCCGGGAACCCCGGCAGCCCAGGCUCCCCGGGCCUCGGCUUCAGAACAAUGAGCCCAACGCACGACGACGGGGGUAUCUACCGUGACGGGUCCAACGCGGGUAGGAACCGCAUGAGCAUUGCCAGCACAUUUAGCGAGGAGAAAGAAAACGGCGAGGGCGUGCCGUACCCGCGCAGCAAGGUUAGCCCGGACCUUAGGUACGCCGGCAGCACUGCGAGCAGCGGCCGCGGGAGCCCAGCAAAGGGGCUCAGGAGAGACGCCAGUUUCGAAGAGAAGGAGCCCAGGAGUGCGGAUAGUGCGGUCAGUGGGGCGGGCUACCCACCGCCACUGUACGACAGGACAGGGAGCAGGACCGGCAGCCGCGCCGGUGGCAGAUCUGAUACGCCCACAAGCACGACCAGUGCGACGUCAGGCAUGGAGAGUUGGAAGCGAGCUGCAGAAGUCACGAGCCAGUUGAAGGCUCGUAUUGAGCAGAUGAAGGCCAAACAAGCCAGCAGACCGCAGUAGCAUGGCGGUGCCGCUAGAAGCAAGACUUCCGCUUUCGAAAAUCCACCCCGCCUCUAAGGCAUCCUCUUUAUCUCCAUCCUGUCGGGUCAUGCUUCUUUUUCCGACGGGUUUUGGU